AUGGACGCCACCAACGAUGUUCUUGACUCACUGAGUGACCUACCAACAAGCAAUCCCUUUACCAUCUCGAACACACAGACCCGGUCUCGUAGCCCCAUCGUGCAACUCAACAGCGAGCGCAGACAUAAGCGAAGGAAGUUGGAACAUGACAGUAGCGCCGCUGCCGAGUACAUGUGCUUCAAGUACGGGCACAAGGGCCAGGUAGUGCCUGGGCGUCUGCGCAUGGAAAUCAUAAGCUGUGACGGCGGUGAGCAUCGCAGAGACAACCCACCUGGGCUAUACAGGGUUCAAAACGUCUUGAGGAACGACAAAAGUGUAUACUGUAGCGAGAGCUCCCAGUGCAAUCUUCUCUUGAAACACAUCGGAGAAGCCCCUUUCGCCUUGGAGAAGAUCGUCAUUCGAGCACCGGACCGUGGAUUUACGGCUCCCGUUCAAGAAGGUCUUGUAUUUGUAUCCAUGUCUGCAGAUGAACUCCUGUCCGGCACCUCAGCCUACAAUCUCCGCUACGACACUCCAUCGCCACUGAUGUCUCCGACACCCAGUUCUCCAAACGAGGCCAACGAGCACAUGUCGUUACGAGAGGCUCUUGAAGAUCCUUCAGUGUGGCAAUACUCAAACCAGGGCAGUCGCGAGGACAUGGAGGAGCGCAUCGAAAAUCUUCGACUCCGCAGUGAGAGGCUGAAUGCCGAAUCAGCAAAUUGGAUAUCGUCUUUGCGCUCCGACUCUGAACGUCGGCGGAUAAUGCGCCAGAUGGUAGAACACGAAGACGAAGCAGAGGGUGACAAUUGUGAUCACGCAGCGGAUGACUCUUACAGCGGUCCCGCUGGCAUUUCUGCACCUACCCCACCGCCUUUCACUGUUACUACUGCGGCCAGCGAGGAUGAAGACUCGGACUCCAACGAAGAAGUACCUAGUGCUGCUAUCAUGGCCGACCGCCUUCGAAGAGAAAGUCGUUGGCGUCCAGACAGCGACGACGAUGACGACGAAGUCAUUCCCCGCCUGGGUCCGCUGCGUCGCGCGCCGGCUCUCGACUACAGCACAUACAGCGAAUGGCGGGAGCGGAGAGAGCGCUAUCUUGAGCCCAUCCGAGCGUCUCGCGUAGCUGCGCCCAGCCGCAUUGAACCCUCCGAACGAACCCAUGACGAGCCACUCAUACCCCCACAUGCGCGCUUCUUCAUUGCGAAGAACAAGAAUAAGAUCACGAUCAAAUUUCACCCUGCAAUUUCGGGAAGACACGUCCUACUCAAGUUCUGGAGCCCGAAACACGAUGGCAACAUCGACAUCGAGAGUGUUCAGUUCUACGGGUAUUCUGGACCUCGCUACUUCCCGGCCGUGCAGGCUAGGUAG